AUGCAUACGAAAGAAUUUGUGUUGCAGGAAGACGCAGCAGAGUAUUUUGUGAGAACUAAAUCAGGAGGUGUAUGCUUCAAACCAGGGACAAAGGCACUAGACCGCCCACCUUCUGAGAAACCAGAAAGACCCUCUCCACGUAAAUCGUUCUCUGGUGUUUCUCGGCAGCAACAACAGCAAACCCAGAGACGCAGGAAAUGGGUGGAAUGUGUAUGUUUGCCUGGGUGGCAUGGACCUAGUUGUGGAGUGCCAACAGUUGUUCAGCAUUCCAACCUCCCAACAAAGGACCGGUUAACGCCACGUUUAAAGCCUCGUCGUGUCAUCAAUGCCAUCAACAUCAACCAUGAAUUUGACCUCCUGGAGGCACGAUUCCAAGAGCUUGAGGGGGCUGUGGAUGUCUUCUUAAUAUGUGAAUCAAACUUUACAGCUUAUGGGGAAGCACGGUCUCUCUUAUUUCGCCAAAUGCUUCUCAACGGAACAUUUGAUUAUAUUAAAUCAAAAGUGUUGUAUAUUUUCUUAGACCACUUCCCGGAAGGGGGUAAACAGGAUGGGUGGAUAGCAGAUGACUAUCUACGAACAUUUCUGACUCGCAAUGGAAUAUCUCGAUUACAAAACUUGCGAAAUGAUGAUCUCUUUAUCAUAGAUGAUGCUGAUGAGAUUCCAAGCAAAGAAGGUGUGUUAUUCCUUAAACUUUAUGAUGGGUGGACAGAGCCAGUUGCUUUUCACAUGCGCAAGUCACUCUAUGGCUUCUUUUGGAAGCAACCAGGAACCCUUGAAGUGAUUUCUGGCUGCACCAUUGGAAUGCUUCGCUUAGUGUAUGGCACAGAUGGUAUCCGCCUCCGCAGAAGGGAAUACUAUACUAUGCCUAACUUCCGACAGUAUGAGAACAAAACAGGACAUAUAUUGGUUCAGUGGUCUGUGGGAAGUCCUUUACAUUUUGCUGGCUGGCACUGCUCAUGGUGUUUCCCACCAGAAGGAAUUCAUUUCAAACUGAUUUCUGCACAAAAUGGGGAUUUCCCAAGAUGGGGAGACUAUGAAGACAAAAGGGAUCUGAACUAUAUAAAGUGGCUUAUAAAAACAGGGGGUUGGUUUGAUGGUACAAAACAAGAGUAUCCUGCAGCUGACCCACAUGAGCACAUGUAUGCUCCGAAAUGUAUCAUGGAAAACCCACAACACUUUGGAUAUUUAAUGAAAAACCCUUAUAUCUGA